GAGUGCCGCCGCGCCAGGCGCCGUCCGCGCGGAGCCCAUGCGUGCCGCGUAUUAUGCCGGCGCCCUGGGGCCGCUCUCCACGUGCCGCGCGCCCACCGCGCACCGCCCCGCACAACAACGGUUCUAGCUACACCAAAACGCACGCGAUAGCGCGUCUCCACUCUACCGGAAUGUAAAUAUUUAUGGAUGUCAGUUUUCAGUUGUUUAGAUUGGCUGUGAAUUUUAAGUGAGAGUAAGAGUGGCGGCGACCGGCUGGCGACGCCGCGGAUGUCGCUGCUCGGCAAGCCGCUCAGCUACCGCGCCACGCGACGCGACGCGCGCUACCGCCGCCUACAAUCCAAGUUCUACAACUUCCUUGAAAGGCCGAGGGGCGUCAAAGCUGUCCUCUAUCACAUGAUUGUGUUUCUGAUGGUGUUCAUGUGUUUGUCGCUGUCAGUGUUCUCCACUAUUGAGGAGUACGAAGCGAAGGCUGGCAUUGUGCUGUUCUACAUGGAGACUGUUGUAGUCAUUUGGUUCGCAAUAGAGUUCUUUCUAAGGUUGUGGUCAUCAGGAUGCAGGUCACGAUAUCAAGGCUCAAUAGGUCGCCUCAAGUUUUUGAGGCGGCCUUUUUGUAUAAUCGAUGUGACCACGAUCCUGGCGUCUCUAGUGGUGCUGGGCAUGGGCUCGUCGGGGCAGGUGUUCGCGGCGUCGGCGCUGCGCGGGCUGCGCUUCUUCCAAAUCCUGCGCAUGGUGCGCAUGGACCGGCGCGGCGGCACCUGGAAACUGCUCGGCUCCGUCGUAUACGCACAUCGGCAGGAAUUAAUAACUACGUUAUACAUAGGAUUCCUCGGGUUGAUAUUUGCAUCAUUCUUAGUUUAUUUAGCUGAAAAAGAUGUCGCUGAUACCAAAUUCAAAAACUUCGCAGAAGCUCUAUGGUGGGGAGUUAUCACGCUGUGCACGGUGGGGUACGGCGACAUGGUGCCUCAGACGUGGCAGGGAAAAUUCAUAGCGUCCUUUUGCGCGCUGCUCGGAAUCUCCUUCUUUGCUCUUCCCGCUGGUAUUUUAGGUUCAGGGUUCGCUUUGAAAGUCCAACAACAGCAACGACAAAAACAUAUGAUAAGGAGAAGACAACCGGCUGCAACUUUGAUACAAGCGUUGUGGCGAUGCUAUGCGGCGGAUGAACACUCUAUGAGUGUCGCCACAUGGAAAAUUCACCAAGUUCCUCUUCCAAGCCCACAAACAAGCAGGGUGAUGAGUGCGUCGUUCAAGAACAAUGCGUCUUUUGUGUCGCGGCUGCCGACGAUCCGGCGGCACAAGAGCACCUCCCUGCACUCCCCCGCGCCGCACUCCAAGCCGGCCGCGGCGCACCGCUACGACGUCAACGCCAGCGCUGAGAACCUCGACGAAGAUGAAGAGCCGCGUUGCGUAACGUUAACGCCGCGCCAUAAAGCCGCCAUUCGAUUUAUAAGGAAGCUCAAGUAUUUUGUGGCACGCAAGAGAUUUAGAGAAGCGUUGAAACCUUACGACGUGAAAGACGUGAUAGAACAAUACUCCUCGGGGCACGCUGAUCUGCUAAACCGAACCAAGAACCUGCAGUACAGAUUAGAUCAAAUACUUGGUAAGCAAGGAUCGAAAGCGAAAGACGUAUAUGCAUCCAAAAUCAGUCUAGCUUCCAGAGUAGUUAAAAUUGAAAGACAAGUAGACGAUAUAGAGAGUAAGUUGGAUCAUUUAUUAGAAUUAUACGAGGAGGAUAGAAGAAUUUCAAGGAGGUUAGGGAACAGCAGUGAAAGUGGAGGUGGGGGUGGGGGCAUUGCUCCGAGCGAGGGUGCGCUGGCGCUGCGCGUGCGACCGUCGCUGUCGGACAAGCAGUGCUCGGAGCCCAACUCGCCCGUGUCGCGCACCUUCGAGCCGCCCGCGCCGGCGUCCGCGCCGCCCAUGCCGCACAAGAGGCCCAUGAACAGAGGCUACUCCGACCUCGGCACCAGAUUUAUGCGCAAAAAAGUCAUUGUAAAAACUUCAUCGAGUCGAAAUGGUGAGUCACCUCGAGACGACGAAGUAGUUAUAGUGGUGCCGACGGACCGCGAGGACACUCCCCCGCGAUUAGCGACGGAUAGCUCAGAGGUGUGCGCGAGCUGCUCCGUGGAGGUGGAGACCGAGGCGGAGGGCGUGGGGUCUCGGUCGGGCAGCACGGGCUCCGCGUCGUGGUGCGAGGGCGAGGCCGAGCCCGACGCGGCCGAGGAGCGCGGCUACGGCUCCGGCGACUCGCUGGCCGAGGACGCCGCGCUGCUCGGCGACGCUGCGCACGCGCCGCGCAUCGUGCGCGCGCAGCGCCGCGACGUCGCCGUCGACCUGCACCUGCUGCACCCAGACGCGUGA